CUGCAAAUUUCCAUUUCCUAAAUUUACAAAUUAUUGAAAGAAAAAAGAAUUCAUUAUAUACUUAAAAUCGGCGAAGGUGACUCGGCGACGACGGAGAGAGAGAAAGUAAGUCUGAGACAGCGAUUCAACGCGGCGGAGUGAUGGAAGAGCUUUCGAGGAUAACCGUGAGUCAGCGCGAGCAGUUUCUUGUGGAGAACGAUGUGUUCGGGAUAUACAGUUGCUUUAACGCUAGCGACUUUGCUUCUCAGAAAUUCUUGGUGGAGAUUCAGCGAGACAAGCAGUUGGAUUAUCUAAUGGACGGCUUGCGAAAGCUAAGUCCAUCGUUUUCGUCAUUAGAUGCCAAUCGACCUUGGAUUUGCUACUGGAUUCUUCAUUCAAUUGCCUUGCUUGGGGAUUCUGUGGAUGAUGAAUUAGAAAACAAUACCAUCGACUUUCUUGGACGCUGCCAGGAUUCUGAUGGUGGAUACGGUGGUGGUCCUGGCCAACUUCCACAUCUUGCUACAACUUAUGCUGCAGUGAAUGCACUUGUUACUUUAGGUGGUGACAAAGCCCUUUCUUCAAUUAACAGAGAAAAAAUGUCUUGUUUCUUAAGACGAAUGAAGGAUACAAAUGGAGGUUUCAGUAUUGCCCUCCAAAUUCUGACGUACUCACUGAUCAUUAGGAUGCAUGAUAUGGGAGAAAUAGAUAUUCGAGCGUGCUACACUGCGAUUUCGGUUGCAAGCAUUCUGAAUAUUAUGGAUGAUGAACUCACCCGAGGCUUAGGAGAUUACAUCUUGAGUUGCCAAACUUACGAAGGUGGCAUUGGAGGGGAACCUGGCUCCGAAGCUCAUGGUGGGUACACCUACUGUGGAUUGGCUACUAUGAUUUUAAUCAAUGAAGUCGACCGUUUGAAUUUGGAUUCAUUAAUGAAUUGGGUUGUACAUCGACAAGGAGUGGAAAUGGGAUUUCAAGGUAGGACGAACAAAUUGGUCGAUGGUUGCUACACUUUUUGGCAGAUUCAGGGAAUUGUCACGGAGUCCAUCAUACAUCUACCCACACUGACAGGAGGAUGCAACCAAUAUUUGACAGCCUCGGGUUGCAGAGAUAUGUGCUCUUGUGCUCUAAGGUCAGUCCAUGGUGGUGGAUUCAGGGACAAGCCGAGUAAAUCCCGUGACUUCUACCACACAUGUUAUUGCCUAAGCGGUCUGUCCGUGGCUCAGCACGCUUGGUCGAAAGACGAGGACACUCCUCCUUUGACGCGUGACAUUUUGGGUGGCUACGCGAAUCACCUUGAACCUGUUCACCUCCUCCACAACGUGGUCAUGGAUCAGUACAAUGAAGCCAUCGAGUUCUUCUUUCAUUAAGCAGCAUGACCUGUUCUCGCGCCACAUAUGUGGAAAAACUCCUAAGCCUGAUUGUACGAGAGUUUUCUUAGUGUUGUAUUGUAUGUUUAUACUAAUUUAACAUUAAAAGCUAUUGUAUUUUUUCUUUUUCUUUUUAAAUGUGAUUUUUUUUUUAUCAUAUUACGAUUCAAAGAAUUUGAUAAUUGUUGAAAGACUUGCAUCCUCGGUCAUUAAUUUAGAGAAUUCUCUAGCACUAUUGGGAAUGGUUAAAAACCUGUG